GAAAAAAAGAAAAAGAAUUUAUAAACAGGGAAUUUCAAAAAGAAAACAAAAGUUGUUUACUUUAUUUCAUUUCUUCACAUCUUACAAGGCCUAAAUGACACUUUGAUAGCUUUUAGCAGCUAAAGUUAAAAAAGAUUUCCCCUUUCUUUUAUUUUUUUUUCAACAGCAAAUUCAAGAAGCUUGAAAGAAAGAAUGUCUGUUCAUCUUGUGGCUCAGUUCAUACUGUUUACUAAGCUAAACCUCCCCGGGAAAAUAACCCAAGUUUUCUCUUUCUGCAUCAGCUUGUUUUAGUGCCAUUUUGCAGGUAAUACUACUACUACUACUUCGCCGAACUGAUUCCUGCUUAGCAUUUUUUGGUUUUGUGCAAAACAAACCCACACUCUGCAGGGAGUGAGUGUACAUUCUUGUGUAAGCUCUGUAUAUCUUCUCAUAUUUAUGGAAGAAAGAUGGGAUUUUUGUGUUAAGGCAAGCAAAAGUACUCAUGCUUCUAUGCAUUUUCUAAUACUGUUGUUGUUUUUCUUGGUAUUCUUGUCAAGCCCAUUAGCUACUCUUGCUGUUUCUUUGAGCCGUGAUAAUCCUGUGAAUGUGAGUGUGAGUGGUGAAGUUGGGAUUGACCCAAUGGAUAGGGCUGCCCUUUUGAUGUUUAAGUCACAACUGCAAGACUCUUCAAGGAGUUUGUCGAGUUGGGAUGGUGGUGUUGUUGGGUGCAACUUCACAGGGGUCAGCUGUUCAAACCAGACUGGCAGGGUUAUUGAGCUUAACCUUACUGGGAUGAAUUUGUUAGGCCUAAUUCACCCUUCUUUGUGCAACCUUACAUCCCUUAAAACUCUCAUUUUGUCACAUAACAGCUUUAAUGAUUCUCUUCCUUUUUGCUUUGAGGGGUUAUUGAGCCUGGAAAUAUUGGAUCUUAGCUUUAACAUGUUUAGUGGGUUUGUUCCUGUUUCACUCAAAAAGCUUCACAAUUUAGUCAGUCUGGACCUUAGUCAUAACAUGUUAAACAGUAGCAUCCCAUUUUGGAUAGGGAAUUUCUCUGUGAAACUUGAAAAGAUCAAUAUGAGUUUCAACAGCUUUGGAGGUGAGAUACCGAAGAGCUUGUUGGUUUUAAAGGCAUUGAGAUAUUUGGAUUUAUCACACAAUUUUUUGGUGGGGUAUGUUGGUGAUUUUCAGCAAGCUUUGGUGCAUAUCAACCUUGAGUCUAACUUGCUUUCUGGCACCUUGCCAUGUUUUUCUCCUGCCUCUGGAUCGCUUUCAGUUCUCAAUUUAGCUAAUAAUUCGAUUUUGGGAGGUUUGCCAACUUGUCUUUCUGAUCUUCGAGGCUUGACGAAGUUGAAUUUAUCAUCUAAUGGAUUAAGGUAUGGGAUUUCUCCUAGACUUGUGUUUUCUGCGAGAUUAGUUGCCUUGGACUUGAGUUUCAAUGAGUUAUCUGGGGAAAUUCCAAGCCGAAUAGUUGAGUCAUCAGAGAAGUCUGGGCUCUUACUUCUUGAUCUGUCACACAACCAGUUUUCUGGGGGUAUUCCAUUGACAGUUACAGAGCUAAAAAGCUUGCAGGCAUUGUUGCUUUCCAAUAACCGUCUUACUGGAGAAAUACCGUCGAGGAUUGGGAACUUAACUUACCUCCAAGUGGUUGAUCUGUCACAUAAUAUACUGUCAGGCUCAAUACCAUUGAACAUUGUUGGCUGCUUCCAACUACUUGCCUUGAUUGUGAAUAACAACAAUCUUUCGGGUGUAAUCCAACCCGAGCUGGAUGCACUAGAUAGUCUGAAGAUACUUGAUAUAAGCAGUAAUCAGAUAUCAGGGGAGAUACCUCUGACUUUAGCAGGAUGCAAGUCUUUGGAAGUUGUGGAUUUCAGUUCUAACAAUCUCUCUGGAAACCUCAAUGAUGCAAUUACAAAGUGGUCUAACCUCAGGUUUCUUUCAGUUGCUCGGAAUAAGUUCAGUGGGUCUCUACCUAGUUGGCUAUUUUCAUUUGCAUCUAUUCGGACCAUAAAUCUUUCUGGUAAUAGGUUAUCUGGCUACAUUGUGGAUGGCAACUUCAAUACUAGUUCAAAUUUCAAUAGCUUUGGUGCUGCGGUGACAACUCCUGCAUCGCCAUUUGGCGUUUCUUCGAAGUUGGAGAUGACAGUCUCAGUCAUUGUAGCUGGUAAAACUGAAUUAGCCUUCAACUACAAUCUCUCAACCGCUAUCGGGCUUGAUCUUUCUGAUAACCAACUACAUGGGGAAAUCCCAGAUGGUCUGUUUGACUUGAGAGGGCUUGAAUAUCUUAAUAUGUCCCAUAACCUUCUUGGUGGCCAAAUAUCUGAAAGUGUGGGAAAGAUGUACAGCCUAAGGGCUUUAGACUUGUCGCAUAAUUCAUUGUCAGGUAAGAUUCCAGAUAACAUUUCCAGCCUGGGAAACUUAACAAUCCUGAACCUUUCAUACAAUUGUUUCUCUGGGAUUGUGACCAAGAAGCAGGAGUUGUGGAGAUUUCCAGGAGCUUUUGCCGGCAACCCUUACUUAUGUGUUGAGGUCUCUACUGAUGGCUGUCAGAAAGAAAGCAUCCCAGAAGUACCCAGAAACAAAUUUGAGGGAGACUUGGACAAUGGACCAAUCUCAGUUUGGAUUUUUUGUUUGAGUGCCUUAGUGAGUUUUUACUCUGGCAUUGCAGCAUUGUUCUGUUCAACUCGAACCCGAAACUACAUUCUACAAACAAAAGUAUAAAGCCUUGUUGUACAUGCGAUUGAUUGAGGUCAUUUGUAGAUUCCCCUUGUACAGGAAAUGUGUUUUCUGGCUGAUCAUAUAUUUGUUCGGUUUCAGAGAAAUUUCUACGGUGUGGCUUAAGAAUUAACAGAAUACUACACUCUAGGCAUAAAAAUUCUGGAGGAACAGUAAUGUUUCAUUUCUGCCAAAUGAUGGAACAAUUCAGUAUAGAAGCACGACCAUUUUGGAAUUGAAUGAGAAGCUGAAGAUAUUUUAUUGAGAAUAUAUUAAAUCAUACUAGGGAAUGAGGGCCUCUGAAUAUGGAGGAGGGCAUUUGCGAUCAGUCAAUAGGGGUGGGCAUCAAUUCUCCUCAUGUCCUCCAACUUAUUUUGAAGAAUCAAUGCUGGGAAUUUGUUGGUGUAUUUUCGCUUUCUAUGCGCAAGUAGAAAUGUUCCAAGUUCAUAUGUCUACGGUCUACCGAUAUUUUCCCUAGCAAUCAGAGUCUUUGUCUCGAUUGUUAUGAGCCAACUGUGAUUUUUUUUUUCUUUUUUUUCCCCUGUAUAUACUCUACGUUAAAUGAGAAUUGAUGUGGAAUAAAAAUGAGGUUAGGCUGAAUGAGUAGAUUUCAACAUAGUAGGUAAUGGCUGAUUUUUUUUUUAUAUAUAUAUUUUUC